UACGCCCGGAGCAUCAGUCUAGUUACUUCAACCCAAAUCCAUGACCAUGAGCAGUUGAGCAGUUGAGCAGCACCACCUAGUAUACAGCCACUACGACUUUAGCUGUGGAAGCUAAAAUGGCGGUCAUCAUCAGAACUCUACAAUGGCGACGAAUCUCCACCUUCAAUACUUGCCUGAAACUCAAUUCCACCACCUUAACUCACAACAAUGGCGGAAACGAAAAUGUAACAGAACCAGAUUCAAAAAUGGUGCGCGAAUUAACCUCUAUCAUCCGUAAAAAACCUCACAAUCUAUGGAAAUCCGCCAUCUUCAAUCAAAACCUUCAACCUCAACCUCACCAUGUCGAAAAGGUAUUGCUACAAACCCUAGAUAAUCCAAGGUUAGCUCUUCGCUUCUUCAAUUUCCUAGGUCUGCACUACGAUUUCUCUCAUUCAACGACGUCGUUUGCUAUCCUUGUUCAUGCUCUAGUUCACUCCAAUCUUUUCUGGCCUGCAUCUUCUCUUGUGCAAACCCUAAUUCAUCACCAUCAUUGUAAUGCGGCUCAGAUUUUUGGUGAAUUCUUUGCGGUGUUUAAGGAUUACGGUUUCGUGUCGUUUCUGGGGUUUGAAUUGGUGACCCAGAAUUACGUGCAAUGCAGGAGGCCAGUGGAGGGUGGUGUUGUUGUUAAGCUUAUGCUGGAGCAUGGGUUUGUUCCUGAGGUUAGGACUCUCAGUGCUUUAUUUCAUGCUUUAAUUGGUAUUCGGAGAUUUCGUUUAGUUCUUGAAUUUUUCCAACAGGUUUCGUAUGGUUUUGAUAGUUUUCGUCCUGAUGUUUAUAUAUAUACGGCUGUGAUUCGCAGUUUGUGUGAGUGCAGAGAGGUAGACAGGGCACUGGACGUAGUCCGCCAGAUGGAGGUGAGCGGUUGCGAGUUGAGUGUUGUAACAUAUAAUGUGUUAAUACGCGGGCUGUGUAAGAAUCAGAGGGUUUGGGAAGGUGUCGAGAUCAAGAGUUUGCUGGGUCAAAAGGGGUUGAGAGCCGAUGUGAUCACUUAUUGUACGCUGGUGCUUGGGUUAUGCCAAGCUGAAGAGUAUGUGAGUGGGGUGGAAAUGACGAGAGAAAUGGUUAAACUGGGGUUUGUUCCGAGUGAGGGUGUGGUUUCUACUCUUGUUGAAGGGCUUAGGAAGAAGGGGAAGGUUGUGGAUGCUUUUAAUUUGGUUAAUGAAUUGGCAGAGCUUGCAGUUGUGCCUAAUGUGUUUGCUUACACUGCUCUGAUUAAUUCUCUUUGGAAAGAUGGUAAACUAGAACAGGCAGAGUCACUGUUUAAAAGCAUGGAACUCAGAGGAUUGACCCCGAAUGAAGUUACUUUUUUAGCCAUGAUUGACUUGUCUUGCAAGCAAGGUAGGUUGGAUGAUGCACUAAAGUUACUUAUCAAAAUGUCAGAAGCAAGAGUAAAAAUCACUGACUAUGCUUACAAUUCUUUGAUUCAUGGGCAUUGUAAGUUUGGGAAGUUGAACACUGCCGAGUAUCUUUUUAAAGAAAUGAUCAGUAAGGAACUGAAACCAACUGUGGUAACUUAUACAUCCUUGAUUAGUGGAUAUUGCGGAGGAGGAGAACUCAAUAAUGCAUUUAGGAUCUACCAUGAGAUGACAGGAAAGGGCAUUGCACCAAAUACUUAUACAUAUACUGCAUUAAUCAAUGGCCUUUUUCGUGCAAAGAGGAUGGAUGAUGCAAAUAACUUGUUUAAGGAAAUGGUUGGAAGAGGUGUUUUCCCUAAUGAGGUGACCUAUAAUGUUAUGAUUGAUGGCUACUGUAAGGAAGGUGAUAUCUCUAAAGGUUUCCAUUUGCUGAAUGAAAUGUUGGAAAAGGGUCUUGUUCCUGACACUUACACGUAUAGGUCCUUGAUAUCUGGGCUCUGCUCUGCUGGCAGGGUAUUUGAAGCCCAAAAUUUGGUGGAUGGGCUUCAUAAGGAGCAUUUUGAACUGAAUGAGAUGUGUUUCAGUGCCCUUUUGCAAGGGUACUGCAAGGAGGGAAGAAUACAUGAUGCGUUGUGUGUGUAUGGUGAGAUGUUGGAAAGACAAAUCAAGAUAGAUCUUGUCUGUUAUGCAAUACUUAUUGACGCUACACUUAAACAGAAUGAUAGGGAAAAACUAUUGCUGAUUUUAAAGGAGAUAAAUUACAAGGGAUUGAAGCCUGACAGUGUGAUUUAUACAAGUAUAAUUGAUGCCUACACUAAGGCUGGAAAUCUCAAGAAGGCAUUCCAACUUUGGGAUAUAAUGAUCAGUGAAGGAUGUGAGCCUAAUGUUGUUACGUACACUGCACUUAUCAAUGGCUUAUGUAGAUUGGGAUAUGUAAAUAAGGCACAUGUUAUCUUCAACAAAAUGCUCACAAGUAACACCAACCCAAGUCAGAUUACUUGUGGAUGCUUCCUUAGCUACUACACGAGUAUAGGAAAUAUGGAAAAUGCUAUAGAGCUUCACAAAUUAAUGCUUAAAGGCUCUUCAGCCAACACAGUCACAUUCAAUAUUUUAAUACAUGGUUUUUGCAAACUUGGUAGGAUUGAGGAGGCAGUUGAGCUGAUCAGGGAAAUGAUAGAAAAUGGUAUCAGACCUGAUUGCGUGAGCUAUUCCACUAUAAUGUACGAGUACUGUAAAGGUGGUAAUAUGCAGGAAGCUUUUAGGAUAUGGGACUCCAUGCUGAGUGAGGGCAUAUACCCUGACACAGUAGCUUAUAAAUUAAUGAUCUCCGGCUGUCAAUUAUCUGGAGAUGUUAAGAAGGCUGCUUUACUAAGGGAUGACAUGAUAAGAAGGGAUGUCAAAACCGAUACAAAAUAUUAUCGUUCUUACCUUGGUACUUAAUCGGAGCUACAUAGCUGGCCUAUUUGUUUCUACUGUAAGAUUGCUCGGCUGCUAUCUGGAAAAAAAGGUGGAGAUGAUGAAAAUGAUUUAGUGAGCUUGAGAGGCAAUGGGUAUUGGACCAAUUUUAGCUCAGCAUGAGUGCACUACAUCUGCAGCCCAAGUGGGUAUUGGCAAGUUUGUUUGGACUCUGGAGCCCAAAUUGAAAAUAUGAACAUUAAACGGUGGUCUCAGCAGAAAUAGAUUGUUGCUGUCACUCAUGAGGGUGAAUAUAUACAGUCUGAACUGGAGCAGAUAUAUAGGGCGCAGUUUUUUGAAAUGAAAUAUGCUGUAUAUUUUAUAGUCACCAAGUGGCCACUGGGUAUGUGCACAUACCACAUAGCCCCUUCCGUAAUCUCUGUCUUAAACUUUGUUUUCAUCUGCUUUGUGUUCACUAAUGGUAGCAUCAAGAUGACCAACCUUUCCAUCACCCAUUAAUCUAUUUACCACCAGAUCGUGGAUGUUGGGAAAGUGUGAUGCAGUGCAUUUUGAGGUUGGUAUAGGCAUUUGGAGCCACCAGUUGGGGUAUGUGCAACAAUCCAGGCUAUGCGCCCUACAAACAAUAUGAAAAGUGCGAAAGCAGGUAUCACCACAGAAUUGCAAUCCAUUUUAAUCCUGUACCCAACAACGGGAGAAAAAAAUCUACCAGGUCUCUUCCAGAAUUAUUUUUGAUGCUUGAAGGAGGAUAAACGUGGGGAAAAUUUAGGUGCAGGGGAUGAGCUGAAAGAAUACAUCAGUCUGGUGUGCUUCGAGUAAAGAUUUGUUUAUUGUGUCAUUCUCUUAUAGAGGAGCUACUCUAGCUCAUCACUAAUGAUUGUACAAGCCUCAAGAAUUGCAAAUUGGUUACCAGAUUUUGGAACUGCAUUUGCAUUUUAGGCGGUGUUUAGUUGAGAUUAAUGUGUUCUUCUGAUCCGUUGUUUGGUUUAGAUCCAGAUAGUAAGAUGGAAUUUUGGAUUGAAGUUACACUUUCUAACCAACAAAACGUCUUUUAGUUAAUCUCACAAUUACAAGGAGUGGUGGAUUUUCAUCCCUCCAAAACAUUAUCUCCUCACUUGUCACUGGGCAACGGGAAGAUAUCUCACUGGAAGGCUUUGCUCUCUCAUUAGGCAAUCUGCAUAGAUACUGCAGCCUGCGAUUGGAGUUACAUCUCGCUCUUACCCAAUUGAAUCAGCCAUUACCAGAGACAUCAUUCACUGGGAUUUCUGUUGUGUUCUUUUUAUAUUUUGAAUUAUUUCUUGCUGGGUAGAUAAGUUAGUUCUUCUUCUUCUACCCUAUGUUGGAACAUCAUCAUACAUAAUUUCUAUGGGCAGAGGAAGAAAUCAAAGGUAA